CUUGUUUGUUGAGUGAUGUCUCCGGGUCCGCCAUUAAAUUUCGUAUAGCCGAGGACUGAAAAAGGUUGUGCCUUUUAAAUCGGCGAAAAUCUAAACGAUCUUUAACUUUUAAUUAAUAAUAUUUAGUCAUAUUUCGUGCACAAAAAUUAAAUCCAAUGGCAGACAGAGAUACAGAUGAGUUAAACAUUGAUAAUGUAAUAAAAAAAUUACUAAAAGUCCGAGGCGAAAAGCCUGGGAUGAAUGUACAGUUAACGGAGGUGGAAAUAAAAGGGCUAUGUUUGAAGUCCCGAGAAAUUUUCCUUUCACAGCCGAUAUUACUUGAAUUGGAGGCUCCUCUUAAGAUAUGCGGUGAUAUACAUGGACAAUACUAUGAUCUCUUAAGAUUAUUUGAAUAUGGAGGAUUUCCUCCUGAAUCAAAUUACCUCUUCCUUGGUGAUUAUGUUGACCGUGGAAAGCAGUCUCUUGAGACCAUAUGCCUCCUGCUUGCAUAUAAGAUUAAGUAUCCAGAAAACUUCUUCUUGUUAAGAGGAAAUCACGAGUGUGCCAGUAUCAAUAGGAUUUAUGGGUUUUACGAUGAAUGCAAACGGAGGUACAACAUUAAGCUAUGGAAGACGUUCACAGACUGUUUCAACUGUUUACCUGUUGCGGCGAUAGUUGACGAGAAAAUCUUCUGUUGCCACGGCGGGCUAUCUCCGGACCUACAAGCGAUGGAGCAGAUCCGCAGAAUCAUGCGUCCCACAGAUGUACCCGACCAGGGACUGCUCUGCGACCUGCUUUGGUCUGACCCAGACAAAGACGUCACCGGGUGGGGUGAAAACGACCGUGGUGUCAGCUUUACAUUUGGCACUGAGAUUGUGGGCAAAUUCUUAUCAAAGCACGAGUUCGACCUCAUCUGCCGAGCCCAUCAAGUAGUCGAAGACGGAUACGAGUUCUUCGCGAAACGGCAACUUGUCACUCUCUUCUCGGCGCCAAACUAUUGUGGAGAGUUUGAUAAUGCUGGAGCACUGAUGUCGGUGGACGAGACGUUGAUGUGCUCGUUCCAAAUCCUGAAGCCGGCAGACAAGCGCAAACUCUACUCCGGCCUCAACAUGGGGAGACCCAACACGCCGCCUCGGGCCCAGCCCAAGAACAAGAAGAACUAGCCCCUGACAGAGAGCAUCGGACUCUACCCGCAUGGAUUCCCGUUACACUAAGCUUACUCGCGACUUAAUUAUUGAUAGCGUACGAAAUAUUUUAAACGCUCGUAUACUCGUACUUGUAGCGACAUCUACUGGGAGUAAAAUUCUAAAAUGAAUUACCCCAAAUAAUUUAUAUUAAUGUUAAUUUCGUAGGCUAUCAGUAACAGGUGAAUUUGUAUGGACUUAAAUUUGAUAUAAUUUAUGAUGAACGCGCUCUCUUUUAUGUCCGGUGCGUUUAAACAAUUGCUGGACAAUUGUGUUCAGAGAACUCUGUCUGUGCAUGAAUGUGCUUUGACAGUUUGAAAAUAAUUUUUGAUUAUCUUAAUUGGAUAAUAAUUGUUAAAGCACAUAGAGGAUAACAAGUAUUAAACAUUCCUUACAGGUAAUCUGUGGUUAGAACGUUUAUGGUUGACGAAAACUCUAUGGUUUGAGCUCUAUGCAUAGACAGAGUGGACAUCGGUUUAAAGUACUGAAUGACGUUUUUACAGCAUUCUAAUUUCAAAAAUUAAAUAUUGAAGAAGUGAAGACGUGACAACAUGACUGGAAAUUUCCCGGUUAUUCUAACGGUUUUCUGAUUAAUCGCUUCGACAAAAUCAACAUACCGUCAAUAAUCUGCCUAUGUUGAGGGUAGUGCUUACUAAGUUAUGAUAUUCCAAAGUCAAAAAAUAAGUUCCAAAUUCAAUAUUUUAUUUCUUUAAAUUGUUCGUUUAGUACUUUACAUCGGUGAUACAAUUAGCUGCCAGUGUUGCAUGAUGAAAUUUUAUUUUUUUAUUUUGCGCCGGGAUAUGCCUCGAUGGGGAUUGUGAAUGGUGUAUGUAUGCGAUAGUUUGUAUAUCUGUACGCUUGUGUAUCAAAUAUCUAUAGACACAGAGAAUGAAUAAUGUCAUUUUUUUUUGUUCAAUACAGAAGAAAUUAAAUGGUCAUUUGGAUUAGGAUUCAUUCACAAGUAUAUUCCAAUUUAAUGGCUAGCCGAUACAAUGUAUCUUUUAUAUUCAUUCUCUCUAUCUAUGCAAAUAUCCGUGUAAUUUAAGCGAUCGUGCGAUUUUGACACUGGCAACAAUCAGUAUUUAAAUCGCAUAAAUAAUACUUAAGUGAAAAUGUUGCCGUUUGUAAAUUGGCGGUUUUAGUGUUAGAUUGUAUUGGUAAUUUAAAUUUCAUCUUCUGUAUUUGAAUUUUUUAGUGUUGCCCUCUCCACCGUUUUGAGAUUUUUUUAAACAGACUGAAAGCGUACAUUGAGCGGCUAACAACUUUAAUCGAUUAUUAUGAACAAUAUUGUAUAUUAAUUUCGUAAAUAAAAUAAUUUCUGAAGAGA